AUGGAGGAGCUCUACACUUUAGAAAAAGAGGUAGGACGAGGCAGCUAUGGUGUGGUCUUUGAAGGUCAUAUUGCCAAAACAGGACAAAAGGUGGCAAUCAAGCGUCUACCCUGCAAGGACCCGGAAUGCAUUGAACUCUACCUGCAAGAACUGUGGGCCAUGAGAGCUACAGCCAAGAACCAUGUCAAUGUUAUUGCACUACAUAGCUGCCUCUUGCAGACAGGGCGGAGGAGUUUAAAGCCCUUAAGAAGGGGGAAGCUGCCUUUAGAUCUAGUCGAAAGUGUGUUGAAAGGAAGCAUUGUUCAAGCAAGAGGGUCCCAGUCUAUAAUUCAAAGAAGGACUAGCUCUGUGUCCAGACUUCGAGACAGAACCAACACGCUUCCAUCAAACCUUUCAACGCCACAGAAGCCUUUAAACAGAGCAAAGAAGAGACCGACCCAGAACACGGAUGAGCAAACUGGACCCCUGCACUGCUCGGCCCUGUGGCUGGUGAUGGAGUACUGUGACGGAGGCGACUUGAAUCAGUACAUACUUUCCCGGCCGCCGGACACCUAUAAGAAUCACAGUGUGAUGCAGCAGCUCAGCAGUGCCGUGGCCUUUUUGCAUAACCUCGGCAUAAUCCAUCGAGACUUAAAACCUGACAACGUACUUGUCAGUGUGACACCGAAUGGUCCUAUUUUUAAGGUCGCUGAUUUUGGUCUGAGCAAGAUGAGUGAGGGCUUGGCGGAUGGAAACCCUAUCAGAAAGCACUUCUCUUCAACCUGUGGCUCAGACUUUUACAUGGCUCCAGAAGUUUGGGGUGGACUGAACUAUACAGCUCAGGCAGAUAUCUUCUCGCUUGGUGUGAUGUUCUGGGCUGUCCUGGAGAGAAUCACCUUCCUGGAGGAAGGAACCACGCAGGAACAACUCGGUGCUUAUGUGUGUAAGGGUCGCUGGUUGAUGCCCCUGGGUGAAGCCCUAUGGGAGAACGCGGACCUCCAGCUGUGCAUUCCCGUAAAGCGGAAUAAAUUAGACCCUCCCGGCUCGGCCGUGUGCGGCCUCCUUCUUGACAUGCUCGCCGCAAACCCGGAUUCCCGGCCGACAGCAGACCAGCUGGAGUCCAGAGUGCUCAGCGCUCUGAAAGAGGACUCCCGCUGA